UCUCUGGCCCACGCUCGGCCGGAACCCAUCCGCCCAAAACAGGUCUCGGCCUCUCUCUCUUCCUCGAACGCGUGCGAUGAGCAAAGCCGGCGGCGCCGCCGGCUCGGCCCCGGGCCCGACGGCUGCUGCCGCCGCUGCCGCGGCGCAGAAGCAGAAGUUGCUGCUGCAGAAGGCCGAUGCCGACGUCUCCAGCCUCGUCGACAACUUCUCCAACCUCAUCAACAUCGCCCGCGUCAACGACCCACCCGUGCGAAACUCGCAGGAGGCCUUCCAGAUGGAGAUGCGCGCAGCCCGCAUGGUACAUUCAGCAGACACUCUGUUGAAAUUGGUGUCGGAACUUAAGAGAACAGCCAUCUUUUCCGGGCUUGCUUCGUUGAAUGAGAAUGUUGAUAGGAGGAUUGAGGUGCUUGGUCAGCAGGCGGAGGGAACAGAGAGAAUGCUGGAGAGAAUUGGGCAGGAGGCGGCAGCAAGCCUCAAGGAGUUAGAGGCCAACUACUACUCAUCCGUUGUGCGGUCUCCGUCCUACGAUUAAGGUUGAACUGAUCUUUCACAUUUCCCAUGCCGAGCUGGGAUAGAAUAUCCACCGGGGACAGCAAUUCCCUUUUAGCACUUUGUGACACUAUUUCUCAUCAAACAGCAAAAACCCCUGUUGCUGUUGGAAAAGGCUUCUCUGGAAAAAGGAUCAAUUCUACGCCAAUGGAAAGCCUUUUGACGCUGUCGUCCUCGUCCUGUCACUUGUCAACAGGGUAGUGCUACCGGUCUAUGCACUGUGACGGGGAUAUGAUCCGGAUGAAGUACGUAGUACAUGGUGACGUGUCGUUUAUACAAACAACCCUUUGGCACGUUUCUUGUUUGAGCGCUCUUCUUGUUUUCACUCUCAUGUGAAUACUGUAUUUAGUUCACAAAAAGUUUAGAUUUUGACAUUGU